AUGGGCCUCCACAUGCGUCUGCGUGAGCGCAUGGCUGUCGCCGCGCUAUUCGGUAUGGGGCUAAUUGUCUCUGCUGCUGGUAUUGUGCGUACCUGGUUCAUCUAUCGGAGUCUCUUUAACAACGAGUACGAUCAAACCUGGUACGCAUAUCCACUGUGGAUUGCGGCCGCUGUCGAGAUAGACUUGGGUGUAAUAUGCGCCUCGGCUCCAGUACUAAAACCUCUCCUCGCGAAGAUCCCCUUCAGUCUAUCGCAAUCCUUCACAGGUGGCAUAUCCUUCAAGAAGAGCGCGAACUCAUCAAAGACGCUAACCGCCAACGCAUCAGCGUCGCAUUCCUCCACGAACCGGAAAUCCACAGCACCGCGCAAUGCGCCAGAACUCGCAAACGACAAGGGCAACAGCUAUGAGAUGAAGCAUUGGGCGGAUACGGAACAGGAUCUGGAACGAGGAAGUCAGGAAGCUAUUCUGGAAGAGGAGGAAGCUCCCAAAACGGGGAUGUCGCGCCUGUGGGGCAAGGUCCGCCCGAAAAGCAACAAUGGAAAUAUGACUACGGACACCGAUAUGACGAUCACUUUGACCAGCGAAGUGGAACUGCAAGUCGAGCGGAUGAAGCAACGUCCGGCGCGGUACGAGACACACGGUGACCUUCACGAGAACCACAUGCCAUUACCCCCGUUGGCACCGCGAUCCAGCGGACACGACCGGUGA